AUGUGCCGUUGUGGCACGGCCGGACUCCACUAUGGGGCCAUGACUUCGGGUUGUAGUGGAGAGCGACUCGAAUUCGCCGUAAGCUGCGGUCUCCGACGGCGUAGGUGGGCGCGUCAAGGCGAUGUCGAUGUGGAGAUCCAUCCUGUAACCGGCUGUCCAGCGGCGUGCAGAGACGAACCACGUCACGACGGUGCCGACGCAAGGUUCCUUCCGACCUUCCAUCCAGCGGAAUCCGCAAAACCUGUGCACACGGCACAGCGCACAGGGCCCCCUCACCUGGUUUAGCCCGCCGGUCGAGACGGUUGCCCGAGCUGUGGCCGCUGAGUAGAGCUCAGCUACGUGGAGCCACGUGUGAGAGGUGAGUGCCAGCAAAUGAACGCCUGCGUAGUCUCACCUGCAAGCAAGUGAGCGACCACUACGACCAUCACGUGAACCCACCGUUGACACCCCUACACCCCCACAACUAUAUCAACGGACAUUCCGGGGUCGAAUCGGACUUGUUGGACAUCUUCAGAUUAACUGUGCCUCUCGAACUGCACCAACCAUCGUCCCCCCGCCCGCUUCUUCCUCUUCUUCCCCCUCUCCGCCGCCAACUAACUCUGAGAAUUCUUCUGAAACACCACUUCCAUCAUCCUCCUCCCCCUCCUCUUCCUCCUUGUCCACUGCUCCAACGACGGCCGCUCAGGCGACUGUCCCGCGCGCAACAACCGACACUACCACCACCUCCCCCGACUCCAGUGAUGAGGAUCAGGACUACACCUGCCCGCACUGUUCCCGCACCUUCACCUCACACAUCGGCCUGGUCGGUCACUUGCGAAUCCAUCGCACAGAGACUGGCGAACCAGUGCCUGAUGCACCAACCUACAACCACCGCACUCGCUUCCACUGCCCACACUGCCCUCGCACCUUCAGGCACCGCAUGGGCCUAUUUGGCCAUAUGCGCAUCCACGAGAGCGGAAUUGACCGCAACUCCGAAAAACCCACGACAACCAGCGUGCACACCCCCACCCUCGCUCCAUCGCCCUGCGCGCCCAUCACCACCACCAUCACCGCCACCACCACCACCACCUCUGUAGCUGACACUGACACCGCCAACUACUCAUGCCCACACUGUCCACGCACAUUCACCUCACGCAUCGGCCUGGUCGGUCACUUGCGAAUGCAUCGCAAAGAGACUGGCGAACCAGUGCUUGGAGCAUCAACCUAUGCGCACCAAGCUCGUCUCAACUGCCCACACUGCCCUUGCACUUUCAGGCAUCGCAUGGGCCUAUUCGGCCACAUGCGCAUCCACGACGACCAGUGGUAG